UCCCACUCUGCCCAGUUUAGUUUCAGUUUACUUGGACUGUGUGUCGCAGCUUGGUUCCUCCGGAUUGUCUCGUGUUUGCAGUUUGAAGUCUCUCCAGGUCCUCAGGUGAAAGCAGGAAGUCUCGGGGAGGUGAUGUGGAGGUGAAUUCAGCAGCAGCUGCCAAGGUUGUGGUGUCCGUGUGAAGGUGUGAGCUCUGCUAUGGAUCCGUACGAAGAACCAGAGGAGGGAGUCCCUUCUGCUGAAACCAUUCUCUGUGGGAAACUUGACAGCCAGACCAAAGCUCAGGGGAACCAUCUGAGACCUCCUGAACCUGAACCCAGCUUAGUGUCCUAUAAGAGUGACUGGUCAAGGGAUUACAUUCUUGAUUUUAAACAAAGGAACCAUCAGAGACCUCCUGAACCUGAACCCAGCUUAGUGUCCUGUAAGAGUGACUGGUCAAGGGAUUACAUUCUUGAUUUUAAACAAAGGAAUCAUUUGAGACAUGAACCUCCUGAACCUGAACCUGAACCUGAACCCAGCUUAGUGUCCUGUAAGAGUGACCGGUCAAGGGAAAUCAUCCAUAAUUUUAAACCAAGGAACCAUCAGAGACCUCCUGAACCUGAACCCAGCUUAGUGUCCUAUAAGAGUGACUGGUCAAGGGAUUACAUUCUUGAUUUUAAACAAAGGAAUCAUUUGAGACAUGAACCUCCUGAACCUGAACCUGAACCUGAACCUGAACCCAGCUUAGUGUCCUGUAAGAGUGACCGGUCAAGGGAAAUCAUCCAUAAUUUUAAACCAAGGAACCAUCAGAGACCUCCUGAACCUGAACCCAGCUUAGUGUCCUGUAAGAGUGACUGGUCAAGGGAUUACAUUCUUGAUUUUAAACAAAGGAACCAUCUGAGACAAGAACCUCCUGAACCUGAACCCAGCUUAGUGUCCUGUAAGAGUGACCGGUCAAGGGAAAUCAUUCAUAAUUUUAAACCAAGAAUGGACGAGGAGAGCUUCGAGGUUCCGAGUGGUCAGUCCGCCCAGCAGCACCAAACAUCCCUGGACUCUGUAUUCACGCUGCUGGAGGAGAACAUCGUCACAUAUGUGAAGAACGAGCUGAAGAUGUUCCAGAAAGUUCUGAGUACAGAUUACUCAAAACGCUUAGAGAGUGAGAGGGAGGAUGAGGUGCUGGACGGGAGGAGCAGCAGAGAGGCAUUUCUGAAGAUCACACUGAACUUCCUGAGGAACAUGAAACAGGAGAAGCUGGCUGACUGUCUGCAGAGCAGAAGUCGUUCUGGAAUAUGCCAACGCAAUCUCAAAUCUAACCUGCAGAAGAAGUUCCGGUGUGUGUUUGAGGGGAUCGCUAAAGCAGGAAACCCAACGCUUCUCAAUCAGAUCUACACAGAGCUCUACAUCACAGAGGGAGGGACUGCAGAGGUCAAUGUGGAACAUGAGAUCAGACAGAUUGAAACAGCAUCCAAGAAACCAGUUAGACCUGAAACAACAAUCAGGCAACAAGACAUCUUUAAAGCCUCACCUGGAAGAGAUGAACCAAUCAGAACAGUGAUGACAAAGGGAGUGGCUGGCAUUGGGAAAACAGUCUUAACACAGAAGUUCACUCUGGACUGGGCUGAAGACAAAGCCAACCAGGACAUACAGUUCACAUUUCCAUUCACCUUCAGAGAGCUGAAUGUGCUGAAAGAGAAAAAGUACAGCUUGGUGGAACUUGUGCAUCACUUCUUCACUGAAACCAAAGAAGCAGGAAUCUGCAGGUUUGAAGAGUUCCAGGUUGUGUUCAUCCUUGACGGUCUGGAUGAGUGUCGGUUUCCUCUGGACUUCAGCAACACUAAAAUCCUGACUGAUGUUACAGAGUCCACCUCAGUGGAUGUGCUGCUGGUAAACCUCAUCAGGGGGAAACUGCUUCCCUCUGCUCGCCUCUGGAUAACCACACGACCUGCAGCAGCCAAUCAGAUCCCUCCUGACUGUGUUGACAUGGUGACAGAGGUCAGAGGGUUCACUGACCCACACAAAAAGGAGUACUUCAGGAAGAAAUUCAAAAAUGAGGAACAGGCCAGCAGAAUCAUCUCACACAUUGAGACAUCCAGAAGCCUCCACAUCAUGUGCCACAUCCCAGUCUUCUGCUGGAUCACUGCUACAGUUCUGGAGGAUGUUUUUAAAAUCAGAAAGAGAGGAGAGCUGCCCAAGACCCUGACUGAGAUGUACAUCCACUUCCUGGUGGUUCAGUCCAAACUGAAGAACAUCAAGUAUGAUGGAGGAUCUGAGACAGAUCCACACUGGAGUCAAAACAGCAGGAUGAUGUUUGAGUCUCUGGGAAAAUUGGCUUUUGAGCAGCUGCAGAAAGGCAACCUGAUCUUCUAUGAAUCAGACCUGACAGAGUGUGGCAUCGAUAUCAGAGCAGCCUCGGUGUACUCAGGAGUGUUCACACAGAUCUUUAAAGAGGAGAGAGGACUGUACCAGGAAAGGGUGUUCUGCUUCAUCCAUCUGAGCGUUCAGGAGUUUCUGGCUGCUCUUCAUGUCCAUCUGACCUUCAUCAACUCUGGAGUCAAUCUGAUGGCCAAAGAUCUAACAACCUCAUGGUCGAAAUUCAGUAAAGAUAGAAGGAAGUGUCUCCACCAGAGUGCUGUGGACAAGGCCUUACAGAGUCCAAAUGGACACCUCGACUUGUUCCUUCGCUUCCUCCUGGGUCUUUCACUGCAGACCAAUCAGAAGCACCUACGAGACCUUGUGACACAGUCAGGAAGUAGCUUGGAGAACAGUCAGGAUAUAAUCCGGUACAUCAAGAAGAAGUUCGAGGAAAAUAUCUCUGCAGAGAAAUACAUCAAUCUGUUCCACUGUCUGAAUGAACUGAAGGAUUGUUCUCUGGUGAAUGAGAUCCAGCAGUUCCUGGAAUCAGGAAGUCUCCGCACAGAUAAACUGUCUCCUGCUCAGUGGUCAGCUCUGGUCUUCAUCUUACAGUCAUCAGAAGAAGAUCUGGACGUGUUUGACCUGAAGAAAUACUCAGCUUCAGAGGAAGCUCUUCUGAGGCUGCUGCCAGUUGUGAAAACCUCCAACAAAGCUCUAAUGAGUGGCUGUGACCUCUCAAAGAAAAGCUGUGAAGAUCUGUCCUCAGUCCUCAGCUCUCAGUCCUCUAAUCUGAGACACCUGGACCUGAGUAACAACGACCUGCAGGAUGCAGGAGUGGAGCUGCUAUCUGCUGGACUGGGGAGUCCACACUGUACACUUGAAACUCUCAGGCUGAAUAGCUGUAACCUCUUGGAGAGAAGCUGUGAAGCUCUGUCCCCAGUUCUCCGCUCUCAGUCCUCCAGUCUGAGAGAGUUGGACCUGAGUAACAACGACCUGUGGGAUUCAGGAGUGAAGCAGCUGUCCACUGGACUGGCGAGUCGACACUGCACACUGGAAAUUCUCAGGCUGUCCGGCUGUCUGAUCACAGAGAAAGGCUGUGAUUAUCUGGCUACAGCUUUGAGCUCCACAUCCUCCCGUCUGAUAGAGCUGGACCUGAGUUACAAUCAUCCAGGACACUCGGGGGUGAAGAAGCUGUCUGCUGUACGGGAGGAUCCACGCUGGAGCAUGAAAACUCUGAGGUGGGAUCCCAGUGGAGUCCAGUGGUUGAAACCAGGUCUGAGGAAGUAUUCCUGUGAGCUCACCCUCGACGAAAACACAGUCAACAAAAACCUCAGAGUGUCUAAUGACAAGAGGAAGGUGUCUAAUGUGUUAGAGGCUGAGCCAUAUCUUGAUCAUCCAGAGAGAUUUGACUACUGGCCUCAGCUGCUGUGUAGAGAUGGUUUGACUGGUCGCUGUUACUGGGAGGUGGAGUGGAGAGGAGUGGUGGAUGUAUCAGUGACCUACAGAGGAAUCAGCAGGAGAGGAGACAAACGUGAAGGCUUGUUUGGAGGGAGUGAUCAGUCCUGGAGUCUGAGCUGCAUUGAUGGUGGUUAUUUUGUCUGUCACAACAACAAACAAACCUCCUCCUCCUCCUCCUCCUCCUCCUCCUCCUCCUCCUCCUCCUCCUCCUCCUCCUCGGUCUCUGGUAGAGUAGCAGUGUAUGUGGACUGUCCUGCUGGCACUCUGUCCUUCUACAGAGUCUCCUCUGACACACUGAUCCACCUCCACACCUUCAACACCACAUUCACCGAACGUCUUUAUCCUGGGUUUGGGUUCAGGUCAGAUUCUCCUCAUUCCUCAGUGUCACUAAACCUGAGCCACAGUUUAAAAUAAUCUGCAAAAGAAAGUGCAAAUUAAUGUGCAUUCCCAUCCAAUAUCAUUAUAUAAAUGAGUUCAUUGGUUGAUGGAGACAAACAGCAGUUGGUGCUAAUUUUUCAAUCAGGUGCCUUUAAACCACCACAGAAGAAGACAAGACAAGGUCAUUAAAAGAGCUCCAGUCACAGCUCAAUCCAGAUGUAAAGGUUACAGUCUAGCGUUGUCAUUUGCUGCAUCUCUCGUCUCUUCGGUGGAUGUUGAAGUCACAUGUUGUUGUAGGUCAUGAUUUGUUUACUACGCACAUUGCAUUGUGUCAUAAUAUGUCCUUAUCAGUGCACCAACUAUUCCACAUCAGCCAAGCGUCAAAACAAUGUCACAAUUUCAUUUGCUGAAGGCAAAACCUGCCUCUCCCCCACAGGGCUGUAGGCUCCAUAGGAGUCUUAAAAUGUUGUCUUGUGUUAUUGGGAGCCAGAAUAGAAGGAGUCAUGGCUCAAAACCAGCCGCCACUGCCUGUCAACAAAAACAAAGACAACUAUGGUUAAAUGUGAUAAGACCAAAGGACUGGAUGGAGGCCAUCAUCAAAAAUGCUCACAUGUGCAGCGCACACUUCAUAUCAGGUUAGGGAAAAAGUAUUUCCUGUUGUAGGGAUGAAUAAGGUUAUGUGUAUUAAGGGUUAUCAUGUCCACCUCAUCAGAAACUGGGGAGGGAUUAAGAGGAAUAUUGGAUUUCUCUGCAACGCUAACUUUUUAGGACAUUAGCUAACAUUAGCUUCCAUAGCAAAGCAAACAAGUGUGGUCCUCCUUUGUAAGAUUGGCUUCCUGUGACAUCAUCCAUCCACUGAGUGAGAGCAUACGGGUCGGCCAGUCUGGUCCCGUUGGUCAGUGUUUACUUAUUCAAGUAACACUGGCGGUCCCGGAGAGUGAGUGACCUGACAUGGUGCGUUGGUAAAUUCAGUCUGACGCUCUGCACUAAAAUGAGAGCCCUGUUGGUGGAAGAAACGCAGCGUUAUAUUUUUACAUGAAUGAACGAAACAGGGCUUGAUGCCAACUUUUUUCCCAAGGAGCACAUGUGCUCCUAAGUUGAAAAAGUAAGGAGCGCACAAAGAACUUUAAUCAAAUCAAAUAAUGUGUUUUCCGUAAUAAACGUGAUGCAAAUAGACAUUUACAAGCAAAAUUAUUUAAUGAAUUUGUAUACAAAAUGUACAGAAAGGUAAAAUCUUCAAGUUUUGAAAAAGUAUUGCAAUUUAAUUUUGUCUUUAAUGCUAUUAUCUUAUAUAUAUUAUCUUUGCAAUAUGAUUAUCUUAUAUAAUGUUAUUACUAUCCUAUAACAUUCUCCAGGUCCUCUGAAACUCUGCAGGGCUUAUUUCCACCCUGCGAACGGUCCCUAACUGCGGGGAGAACGGAGCAGGCUUCCCCGUAGGUCCGCCGCUUAACCCGGUCUGUCUCCUCCGCCACACUUUGACUUACUUCCAUGCUGCCGACAGUGGGACUUAUAUUCAUUGUGCCGACAGUGGCUUGAAAAACCGCCCAUAACCGUGUCACACGGGGAAGAGGGAAGGCUGCUGGAGUUCCUCCAACAUUUGUGGUUAGAUUAUCAUAUUUUUUAUUGACAAAAAUAUAGGCUGCUUUGGCUGAUUUUUUUAUGCGCACAUGUGCCCCUAAAUAUUUCUUACAGUUCACACACACCUAUUUUUAGUCGCAAAUGUGAGUGAAACGCUUGCAUUGUCGAGCGCUGCGAAAGGUUACGUUCAUCUCACGUUCACUCCGCUCGGCACUCUGCUGCUCUGAGAGUGCGGUGCUCUGAAUAACUGAAUGGUACAUUUCUAAACGCACCACUGCCAUCAUCUUCUUCCAUUGCCCAAAACAAGCCAACAUAACUUGCUAGCUAGUGCUAGCUAAUGCCUGUGAAGAACCGUUUUGCCUCCAGCUAAGUCCUGCCCACCAAAAAAUGUCAUACUGUUUACUAACAGUAAAAGGGUCUAUAUUCAGACUGACAUUAUUAGAUGAUCAACAUUUCUGCCGACAUCACUAUGAACAGCAGUAUUAAUCCAUGCUUUUUAGUUGUAGUUCCUCACUGUGAACACAAAUCGUCAUUUCAUUCUACAUGUUCACAACAAAGUCAAUAUUAUAACAUUCAGUGUUCAAAUAUGUAGUCUUGCUGCUUUGACAACAUCUGCAUUUAUGUUUGAUAUCAUUUCAUAUUAUUAACACAAGUGCUAACAUGGUUAUUAUUCCUGAAAACUCAUCAAAUAAGAAGUAUUAAUGCCAUUUAGGCAGGUGAGGUUGGUCAGUACUAACCAAAUCUUUCAGACGAAUAUGUCAUUAAUGUUGUGCUGUGAAUACUAAAACAAAUCUCAGUGAACCAUGUGAGCUGCUCAGCAUUCUGAGGCCAGUGUGUUUAAAGGGGUUAAAGGGUAACUUUGGUAUUUUUCAACCUUGACUCUUUUUUCAUGGGUUUUUCUUGUGACUAACUAGAACUGUUUUUGAAAUUGGCCCAGUAUCUAGUGUGAGGGCUGCAAUGCCAAAACAGGCUACAUCCACAAAAAGAAACAAACAGCCUCUUAAGCCACAUUUCCACCAAGCAGUAGGCAUGGUCCAGUUCAGUUCAGUUCGGUACACAUUUUUUCCUGUUCCCACUGUUAAUGGUUGGGAUGGUACCAAUAGAACUGUUCCAUAGCGUCCCCAUGUUUGGUCCCCGCUCCGUUGUGGUACCUUCUGCGUAUAGUCUAACCUUCACUUGGAGAAAAAAAAAAACGGAGCAGUGAGUGACAACAACCCCGCCCACAUUUACGAGGACUGUCUGUGGUAGAUCUAGGAUCUAGGUACCAUGUCUGAAGGUUUACCUUUGAUGCCAAAGGUACCAUACUGAAAGUAUUUGGUUUGGUGUUUUGCUUUUUAGUGGACAUAAAAAGACAGCGCGCAAACACCUGAGUGAUUACACUGCAGCCUGUAUCACCGCAGCCAGCUGCAGCCUUCUCACUCAACAGUGGACCAGUUUCAUUAGUCUCUAGCAUUAGUCUCUUUGACACAGAAGUGUCCACUUAAAUACCAUAGGUUUCAGUCAAGAUCUGACAUAUUAGUUGGUUAAGUUUCAGGAGUGAUUGUGUUAAAAUGUUUAUUCACGGCAGUGUAGAUUUACUCAUUAAGGGUUGUUUAUCAUUUCAAAUCUGUUACAGCGUUCUUGUGUCUUUUUUAUUUGUAUGUAAAAUUUAAAUAGUAGUAAUUUAAACUGUUUGUGCAUGUGUGUGUCUUUCAGACCUGUGUGUAAUUGACAAGCAAGAGUGAAAACAUUGAAUUUCCCCUCAGGGGGAUUAAUAAAGUGAAUAAACUUAAACUUAACUUAAACUUAAAACUACACUCCUCCUCUGACAGGAUGUGAUGCACUGAGUGAACAGCAGGUGUCAGCAGAUGCUCAGUAUUAAACCAUUGAGCUGUCAAUGCAGUGAGUCUCUGUAGGUCUGUUCCUCCAGCAGAGGUGGAGGAAAUAAAACUCAUCCUGUACUUAAUGCUACUGUGAAGAUCUCCAUUUCAAGUUAAAGUCUGUAUGUGAAAUUUCAAGAACAGUAGAGAAGUGAAGUGUAAUAAAGAAUUAAAUGUGAAAAAAUUUCAACAUCUUUGAAAAUUGGUGAAGGAAAAGUAGAAUGUCUCGACUGGUCCCAUUGUGCCUCUGACAGUGGUCAGACUGGUUCAGUGUAUGAUCUCUGUUCAUUUUAAUACAUGCAAAUCUUCC